AAUUCACGUGACCACAUCCGGCGGCUAUUCAAAUCUUAGCCCGACGCUAUCCGUGUGUUUUAUCGUUUGUUGUUUAUCGUUCUUUUCGAGAUGCCGGCCGAGAAUCUGCGAUGGGAAACUUUACGGGCGUUGAAGAACUCCUCGAAGGGACAAAUCAAGUUCGACCCGUACUGGUCCGAGCGGGGCGAGGACAUUCUGGCCGGCUGCAAAGAGGCCCUCAGCCUGUCUCCUCAGUCCGGGGUCAUCCUGGAGCGCCUCGCCUCGUUCCCCCUGCAGAAGUCCUGCUUCCUGAGCUCCAGCUCCGGGGGUUCCAGCCCCGGCCUCUUCGACGAGAACUCGGCCUCGCUCUCCUCCUCGGGGUCCGUCUCCGACCUCCACGCCGGGCGCGCCGCGCCGUCCGCGGCCGCGUCUCUGAACGCCGAGCGCGAGCAGGCUGUUGUUGACGAGGCGAAGGAUGAAGACGCGGAGGAAGAUGUGGGCGAUGUUCACAGUCCUGCGUCUCCACCGGCCAUUUCCCUGCUGUCGCCCAAAGCCAUGGAGACGGACGGCCGCAUCAUCAAAUUUGAGGAGGAACAACGAGAAAAGGCGAAGAUGGCGCUCAAGCGGCGGCAGGAAAUGCACGAGAGGCUGGUGGCCGUGGUGGCGAGCUCCGAGUCGGAGCAGCUGAAGCGCUUCGAGGAGUUCAUGGAGCUGAAGCAGAGGCAGGAGUUCCAGAGCAUGAGGGACAUGAUGGACCGAGAAACCAAAGAGAGCAUCGGGCGUCAAGAGAAGCUGAAGGAGGAGCAGCGGCACAGAAUGAAGAUCAUCAACCUGCGUCUGAGGGAGGCGGAGCAGCAGCGCCUGCGGGAGGCGGAGCUCCAGCGGCAGCGGCAGGCGGACGGCCGCGAGCGUCUGCGCAACCUCAACAGCAUCCAGGAGGAGAUCCUGCAGCUCAACCAGCUGAUGGAGCCGUCCACCCAGACCAGCCUCGGCUCCUACUGCACCCGCGGGAACCAGCUGUGCUCCCAGCUGUCGGAGGUGGUGCGGAAGACGGCGGAGGGAGAGUUCCCCAGCAUGGAGGACAUGACCGUGGCCGAGCGAGCCCUCCACGAGAUGCGGGCGCUGAUGCAGGAGGAGGUGGCCAAGGCCCAGGACAAGAAGAAGAGGGACGAGGAGCAGGAGGAGCAGCGCCGGAAGCAGGAGGAGCUGCAGGCGCUGCAGGAGGCGCAGAAGAAGGCGGCGGCGGAGUCGGCCAAAGAGAAGGCCAAGAGGAAAGGUCUGCAGAACAGCGCUGAAGAAGGAACGCUGAAAUGGUUCAAGGAGCUGCAGGAGUCGGCUGCUCGCUGUGCGCAAGCCUUCGAGCAGCUCAACGCCGCUAAAGACGCCCAGGCGAAGAAGCUGAAGCUGGAGCUGCAGAAGGCGGCCAGCAUCCCCGUCUGUCAGAUCUCCAGUAACUCCGGAUCGCAGCUCCGUGACAUCUUCAACCGGCUCGACAAGCUGCUGGCGGGCCGCGCGGUGGUGUCGGGGGGCAGGAACGUGUGCACCUCCCAGCAUCCUCAGGGCCUCGACUUCGUGAGCUUCAAGCUGGCCGAGAAGUUUGUGAAACAAGGAGAAGAGGAGGUGGCGUCUCACCACGAGGCCGCGUUCCCCAUCGCCGUGGUGGCGUCCGGCAUCUGGGAGGUGCACCCUCGGGUGGGCGAGCUCAUCCUCGCCCACCUGCACAAGAAGUGUCCGUACGCCGUGCCGCACUACCCGCCCAUGAAGGACGGCACGACGGUGGACGACUACCAGAGGAUUCUUGGGUACCGCGUGGACGACUCCGGGGUCGAAGGUCAGGACAGUUUCCUGAAGAGGAUGUCGGGGAUGAUCCGUCUCUACGCCGCCAUCAUCCAGCUGAGGUGGCCCUACGGCUCCAAGCAGGGGGCGGCUCCUCACGGGCUGAAUCACGGGUGGCGCUGGUUGGCUCAGAUGCUCAACAUGGAGCCGCUCGCUGACAUCACGGCGACGCUGCUGUUCGACUUCCUGGAGGUUUGUGGCCAUGCGUUGAUGAAACAGUAUCAGAGCCAGUUCUGGAAACUCAUCCUGCUGCUGAAGGAGGAGUACUUCCCCAGGAUUGAAGCCGUGGCGAGCAGCGGACAGAUGGGCUCGGUCAUCAGACUCCAACAGUUCCUAGAGACGUCGCUGCAGAGCCGACAGAUCCGUCCGCCCAAAGGUCAGCUGACCUCCAUGUUCUGGGGCUCGUGAUGGAGGAGGAGGAGGAGGAAGAGGAGGAGCCGCCAUGUUGGAUGGAGAUGAAUGAGGCAGGAAUGGGAUUUCUUUCUCAUAUAUAUUCCAAAUAAAUUGAACGUCUCCUGUGACGUCUUUUACCGGCUGACAGCAAAGGAAGUCCGGUUCAUUUAAAGCAAGGCAGUAAUUAUGUCGGGAUGUGAACCUUCAGAUUCAUGUUUUAAGUUUCACUCGUUGGGUUUCUUUGAGGGUUAAAGCUAAAAAAAAAAAAUCUCUUUAUCGUCACUAAAUUAGUUUUCUUUGUUUUUAUUUCAACAGUCGCCGUUCAAAUGUAAAUUGUGUUUGAACUUUUUUGGGGUAUUUUAUGUUUUUAAGGAAUCCACCAUGUGGAGCAAAGACGGAUAUUUAUAUAAGAAAAAGGUUUAAAAACAAGAUUCGAUGAGGCUGUAAUAGGUUUGAAUAUUAAGACGUUGUUUACCAGAAUGAUCCAAAUGUCUGAAAUAAAACCUUGUUGGCAGUUUA